GUUAAGGUAUGAAUGAGACGGAUCCAGACUUUAUACUUAGAUCUCUGACAAAUAAACUAUCCCAGCCCCUUAGAUUUGGAAUAGAAAUUUCUGGCAAAAUGCAAUUACAAUAGAGUCAUAAAAAUAUUAUUUUAUAGUGUUUCGGCCCUUUAGUCGUGCCCUAUAAUCUAUAAAGUUGCUAGGUCCCGGCUUGAGGCGUUGGGUCAUUAAGUCAAUGUUAUCAAACGUUCAGAUUUCGAACAAAUUCGAGUAAAACGACUGAAAGCAGGAGAACUUUCCUGGAACGCAUGUCGUUUCCCUCCAGGACCUAAUAUCGGCUGGAACAGCCGAUUUGCAAUGGUGCAGCCGUCCUCAGGUUUCGGAAAGAAACAUUGUCCUGUUAAUGCAACCGCACGGUGAGCCGCCAGGACGGAGCCGGGAGCUGCGGUGAGGCCUGGGGUAGAAGCGGCGCAUUCGUGCGCUCUCCGGGGGUCACCUUUAACUCAGCUGCUUCUCGGCGUGAGCGUCGCCCCCAGAAAGAUGUGCCGCAGCGGAGCCGCUGGGCGACUGCAGAGCGCACCCCUGCCGACCUAUGAACUCGCCUUCUACCUUGCCAUCACUGUUGGAUGCCACCUGUACUCAUUCUACCAGCUGUUCGAAGUCUCCAGAAUUUAUGAGAAAGACCUUGACUCUGAAUUUGGAUUUGAAAAUGGAUUCUUCAUUUGGGGUUUUAAGAAGGACCCAACAGACUUUGAAUGGAGCUUUUGGACAGAGUGGGUAAAGAAGUUGUUGCUGUGGACUCUCCUUGGUCACAUAAUCGUUUCACAAGUGUCCAAUGCCUUCUUUCCAAAGUUUAGGAUGUGGUUGUUUAUGAUCUAUGGGAUGUUGGCCUGUUUCAUUACAGUUGGCUAUAAAGGUCAGGCAGUAAUAAUGCUGCACUUGCUCAUCUCCUUUGCUGUGGCCCAGUUGCGAGUGCCUGUGUUUUCCUGGCUCUGCUCAGUUUUACUGCUGUACAGCUUACAAAUUGACUCUCUUGGAAGAAUUCUGAAACGCUGGUAUGAGACAGAGAAUGAAUAUUUCCUGCUGUUAUUCUGCUUGGCUCUUUGCAAUCUACGUUACACAAGCUUUUGUCUGGAGUAUUGCUGGGACCAUGGCUCUCCUCAGAGGCAUUGUCGAUCCUUCUGUUGGCUGCUGGCUUACGUUUUCUAUUAUCCUGUAUUUCACAAUGGACCCAUCAUAUGCUAUGAUGACUUUAAUAAACAGAUGCAGAGAACAGAGACAUCUGUGCCAAAAGCAGAUCUUGUGCGCUUGUUCCUGGGUGCAGUGCGCAUUUUCUUCUGGUGGUGGCUCACCGAGUCCAUGCUUCACUUCAUGUACAUUCACGCCAUCCAGCAUCAAGAAAUGAUACUGGAAUCUGCUUCUUAUUGGACAUUAGGUGGCCUUGGGUUUGCUCAUACAUUAUUCUUCUAUCUGAAGUAUCUGCUGCUUUAUGGCAUUCCAUCAAUUAUCAUGUAUCUGGAUGGUAUUGAAGCACCAAGAUUGCCAAGGUGCACCAGCAGCCUGUACAGUUUUACAGGAACAUGGAGGGAGUUCGAUGUUGGACUACACCGCUGGCUGGUUAGGUACAUAUAUGUUCCUUUGGGAGGCUCUCGACAUGGCUUAAUAAGAAUGAUGUUCUCCUCUGCAUUGGCCUUCAGCUUUGUAUGCUACUGGCAUGGUGGCCACAGCUUCAUGAUAAACUGGGCAACCAUGAACUGGGUUGGAGUAAUGAUGGAAAAUCUACUGAAGAUGAUCUGUUUUCUUUCACCUGCUCAAGAAAUCAUUGGAAGAUUUUUAUCAAGCAGAAUGCAGCGUCGAGCUCAUGGAGUCUUGGGAAGUGUUGCUACUACCCUACUCAUAUUAUCCAAUUUGGUAUUUCUUUGUGGCAAUGAAGUGGGGAAGAUCUAUUGGAACAGAACAUUCAUACAAGGUUGGCCGUGGACACCGCUCGUAGUUUUGGGAUAUUUCUACUGCUACACCCAAAUGGACGAUGGAGAGCAAGCAUCAUGUAAAGAAUCACGAGGCUGCAGAGAGCUGUUGACUCUGCCAGCUCCAUCACAGGUGUAACCCUCCCCACCACUGAGGACAUCUUCAAUCGGCAGUGACUCAAGAAGCCAGCAUCCAUCGUUAAAGACCUUCACCAUCCAGGAUAUACUAUUCUUGUUAGUACCAUCAGUGAGAAGGUAAUAUGUGCUAUUUGUGCUACAAAACAACAAAUUAUUACCAUCUACCCCAUCACUCCAGUUUCCAUCCUCCUGCCAAAUUAGUUAAACCCUCUCCAACAGCUCUAGCAAACCUGUGUCGCAAGGAUAUUGGUUCCCCUCGAGUUCAGGUCAUAACUUCCCCAGAAGAGAUCUUGAUCCAAAAAUCUGAAACCCUGCCUCCUGCAGCUAUUCCUUAUCCAAACAAUCUCCUGUCUGCUCUUAACUAUGGAAACCCCUAUCACUCCUGCACCCUUUCUCUCCCCCUUCUGAGCCACAGAGCUGGACUCAAUGCCAGAGCCCAGUUCCUGCAGCUUCUCCCUGGUGUGUCAUACCACCCCCCAACAAUAUCCAAAGCAGAGUUCUUAUUGUUGAGAUGAACAACCAAAGGGUACUCUGCACUGACUACCCUUUCUCGUUCUCUCAUCACUCAACUAUGUGCCUCCUGCAACUUAUGGGUGACCCUGUCGCCCCUAUCAUUUCCUCGUCUCACAUAUGAGCCAAAGAUCAUCUAGCUGCAGCUACAGUUGCUUAAAAGAGUCACUAAGGAGCUGCAGCUUAAUGCACUUGGUGCCGAUUUAGUUAUCAGAGAGGCUGGAGAUCCCCACAUCGCACACAAAGAACAUACCCCUAACUUGGAUUCAUUCUUUCCAUACUAGCUAUGCACUCAAAGGCAAAGAAAGAAGGAAAAAAAUUACUAGAAACUUUGCUCCUCAAACUAUUUAAGCCCUACAAGUAUGUGAUGAGCAAGAGGAUAAGACAUGAAAGAGUAGGACCUAUCAAGUGUGACAGUGGGAAAGUGUGUAUGGGAACAGAGGAAAUAGUAGAGGUACUUAAUGAAUACUUUACUUCAGUAUUCACUAUGGAAAAGGAUCUUGGUGAUUGUAGUGAUGACUUUCAGCAGACUGAAAAGCUUGAGCAUGUAGAUAUUAAGAAAGUGUGUGUGCUGGAGCUAUUGGAAAGCAUCAAACUGGAUAAGUUACCAGGACAGACAAGAUGUACCCCAGGCUACUGUGGAAGGGGAGGGAGGAGAUUGCUGAGCCUCUGGCGAUGAUCUUUGCAUCAUGAAUGAUGGGGAUGGGAGAGGUUCUGGAGGAUUGGAGGGUUGCAGAUGUUGUUCCUUUAUUCAAGAAAGGGAGUAGAGAUAGCUCAGGAAAUUAUAGACCAGUGAGUCUUUCCUCAGUGGUUGGUAAGUUGAUGGAGAAGAUCCUGAGAGGCAGGAUUUAUGAACAUUUGGAGAGGUAUAUGAUUAGGAAUAGUCAGCAUGGCUUUGUCAGGGGCAGGUUGUGCCUUACGAGCCUGAUUGAAUUUUUUGAGGAUGUGACAGAACACAUUGAUGAAGGAAGAGCAGUAGAUGUAGUGUAUAUGGAUUUCAGCAAGGCAUUUGAUAAGGUACCCUAUGCAAGGCUUAUUGAGAAAGUAAAGAAGCCUGGGAUCCAAGGGGACAUUGCUCUGUGGAUCCAGAAUUGGCUUGCCCACAGAAAGCAAAGAGUGGUUGUAGACAGGUCAUAUUCUGCAUGGAGGUGGGUCACCAGUGGUGUGCUUCAGGGAUCUGUUGUGGGACCCUUACACUCCAUGAUUUUUAUAAAUGGCCUGGAUUAGGAAGUGGAGGGAUGGGUUAGUAAGUUUGCUGAUGACACAAAGGUUGGGGGUGUUGUGGAUAGUGUGGAGGGCUGUCAGAGGUUGCAGCAGGACAUUGAUAGGAUGCCAAACUGGGCUGAGAAGUGGCAGAUGGAGUUCAACCCAGAUAAGUGUGAGGUGGUUCAUUUUGGUAGUUCAGAUAUGAUGGCAGAAUAUAGUAUUAAUAGUAAGACUCUUGGCAGUGUGAAAGAUCAGAGGGAUCUUGGAGUCUGAGUCCAUAGGACGCUCAAAGCAGCUGCGCAGGUUGAUUCUGUGGUUAAGAAGGCGUAUGGUGUAUUGGCCUUCAUCAAUCGUGGAAUUGAAUUUAGGAGCCUAGAGGUAAUGUUGCAGCUAUAUAGGACCCUGAUCAGACCCCACUUGGAGUACUGUGCUCAGUUCUGGUCGCCUCACUACAGGAAGGAUGUGGAAGCCAUAGAAAUGGUGCAGAGGAGAUUUACAAGGAUGCUGCCUGGAUUGGGGAGCAUGCUUUAUGAGAAUAGGUUGAGUGAACUCAGCCUUUUAUCCUUGGAGCGACGGAGGAUGAGAGGAGACCUGAUAGAGGUGUGUAAGAUGAUGAGAGGCAUUGAUCGUGUGGAUAGUCAGAGGCUUUUUCCCAGGGCUGAAAUGGUUGCCGCAAGAGGAGACAGGUUUGAGGUGCUGGGGAGUAGGUACAGAGGAGAUGUCAGGGGUAAGUUUUUACUCAGAGAGUGGUGAGUGUGUGGAAUGGGCUGCCAGCAAUGGAGGUGGAGGCGGAUAUGAUAGAGUAUUUUAAGAGACUUUUAGAUAGGUACAUGGAGCUUAGUAAAAUAGAGGGCUUUAGGUAAGCCUAGUAAAAUGCUGGAGGAACUCAACAGGCUAGGCAGCAUCUAGGAAACGAGUACAGUCAACGUUUCGGGCCGAUACCCUUCCGCAGGACUGGAGAAAACAAACUGAUUAGAUUUUAAAAGUGGGGGUGGGGAGAGGGAAACACAAGGUGAUAAGGGUAAGGGGAUGAAGUAAAUUGGUAAAAGAGACAGAAGGUCAUGGAAAAAAGAAAAGGGGAAGAGGCAGGCAAUGGGUGGGCAAGGAGCUAAUGUGAGAGAGGAGAAGGGGGUGGGAAAUGGUGAAGGAGAAUGUGAUGGAGACAUUACUUGAAGUUCAUUUUGUGUGUCAAAUUUCAGUACAAAUAGCCUUUUGCUUAUUUGGAGAGGUUUCCAAUUUCAGCAGAAGGCUCGAAAUACUUAAAACAAAGGUUACCCCUAUACAUGACACUUGGGGAAACAAUCUUAUGGGUGCCCACUGAGAAAGCAUUCCAAGAGAAAUGAAUAGUCAGUACUUUAAACAGGUCUAGAUGUUGAUUGUCAUUUCAGUUCAUUUUACUUCUUCUCUCUCUCGCUUGGUGUGACAUCCGUUAUGUUUGUGCUUGGUUUUUGCUUGGCCUUUAAAUUUUCCAACAUCCCAAAGCACUACUUUCAACUGGUGCUGCAGAAACUUGCGUUAUACAAAAGAAAGUUGUUAUUACUGAUAUAGGCAUUGCCUUUAAUUUAAGAAACAGCAUUACAAUAUGAUUUAAUUUCACUCAAUAAGGUAAGCUGAUUAGUCUUGAAUUUUUGGUAGUAUUGAGAUAUGAUUGUUCAGCUACAUGAAACCUACCUCUCAUUGCCUUAUUGGCUUUUAGUUCAGCCAGAAUAUUUUACAAUAAACCGAUCUCCGUUCUGAAACAAUUAAAUCUGCAAGUUUAUAGUGCUUACUUUCAACUUAAGAUAUGAUGAAGUAUUUUCAGUCAAUGAAAUAGGUUUUUAACUGCUGUAAAAUUGCUGUUAUGAAAGAUUACCAUGGUAAAGAGAAAUUUUUUUUCAAAUUUUAACCAUAAGCAAAUUACGACAAAUUUUUUGUAAAAAAAUGAUAAUGUGGGCCAUUUAACAUGAACACAAUCAACAUUUCAUAAUUUAUGCACAAGCAAAGCUUCUAUAUGAGUAAAAUAUUCUUUAUUUUUGUAAAUAAAGUUUACAUAGCUUUAUAAAUCAAACAAUUUGUGCUUCAUGUCCCAUUUUAUUAUAGGAAUAAAUAUGAUGUGCAUAAAUUCUGCUUAACGUUGCAAAACUGUUACAUAUGCCACUACAGGCAGCUUUCCUGGCUGACCACAAAAAUAAUUCCUGAACUUUUCAGUACAUUUGUCAUGCUCAUGGUAAUAUAUGUGGAGUUAUGGUAAUGAUAAAAGUGUAUACUUAGACUGAAACCAGUGUUGUAGGUAAUUUGGUGCUUCUUUGACUAGAAAAGAAAAUAAGUGAAGCACGUACCUACGAAGCUCUAACACUACUGCAUUAUGCAGAUCAUGCAAAAAUUAAACUAAAUAAAAACAGAAUUUCUUUGAGGACAAGUAUUAGACUUUUUCCCAGUCACGUCGAAGGCUGGUUUUGUCCUUUAGAUAUCUCCCACAAUUCUAAAAUUUGAGCCAUUUAUUGUUAAAGCAUUUAUAUUCUUAAUCUUCAGUGUCUUAUCAACAGCCUGUUGCUUCUGUACAGUAUUAAUCUGUUGAUGUCACUUUAAAUCAGGUAAUUAAUUUCUUAUGAGAAUGUCCAGGCAUUUUGUGCUGCUAAAACAAAUUCAGACAGUGUAUUGCUCAUUUACUGUGUGUACACUUUUUCUGAUGCAAUACAAUAAAAAGGUUUACAGCAGCAAGAUUAAAACAAUGAUUAGAAACUUGUAUCAAUUCAUUCUACUGCCUACUUAAAAUCAAUAUAAGGUUCUUGGAAAUCAAAAUUCUUAUGUUGAAGCAAUGUGCUCUGCUGAACUAUUAAAAUAUACACUAAUAAUUAAAGCAUGUU